AUGAGCCGAGCCACGCGCGGCUCGGCGCGGCAAGCAGCGCGACGGCAGGCGGCCGAGGCGGCCGCGCCGGAGCCCGCCGCGGCGCCGGCGCCGCCCGUGAGCCUCGGCGAGCCCGUGACCUCGGGCAUUGAUCUGACGGGAACGUGGAAGCUCGACAUGACGCGAUCCGAGCCCCUCGAUCCCUACUUAAGGGCCAUGGGCCUCGCCGACAUGGCCGUCGCCGGCAACCGUGCACAAAUCAAAUUUCGCGGCGCUUCUCGAAUCAGGACCAGCACGCCAUCGACGCGACCUCUGCUCGACGACGUCACGUCGACGUGGGCACUCGACUCACUGGUUGAUUUGCGCACAGGCGGGUAAUCGCCAGAAGGAGGAAACCACCCCCACAUUCUACGACAUCCGCCAGACGACGACGACGCUGAGCCAGCGCAAGAUCAACUGGUUCGGCGAGUCGUCGCGCCUCCUCGAGUUCGACCGGCCCCUGACGGAGCCCGGCGCGUCGAAGCUGACCAAGGUCUUCCUCGCGAGGCGCACGGCCGACGCCGUCACCAUCUCGACCGAUUUGGGGCAGCGGCGCCAGCUCGUCGACACGCGGACCCUCGAGCGGACCUACGUCGACGGCGACACGAUCAAGAUGGAGCUCGUGCUCACGACGGCGCGCGGCGACACCGUGCGCAUCACGCGCUACCUCGUCCGGUCGGCAUUGCCCGCUGCGCCCGCGCCCGCGCCGGCCGCGCCCGGAUAAAUCCCAUGUUUAUA